AGGCAGAGAAAAAAAAAACCAUCAGUACUUCCCGUGAGAACUUUUUCUUCUUUUCUUUUCUUUUCUUGGGAAAGGAAUCUUUUCCCCGUCAACAGAACGUUUUCACCGUCGCUCUGUUGGUCGUGAUCUCAUAAAAUCUCUUUUUUCUUAUCUUUUCUUUCUCUCUUUUCUAACGAAUAACGACUUUUUUCUCGGAAAAAAGCGAGUUCACGAUGCCUAUUGUCAACGGUGAUGCUCGUGGACUCCUCUCCACUGAAGGGGAGAUUCAGGACUAUACCAAGGCUUUGGAGGUCCUGAAGGAGUACCCUGACCGUGAUGGAUUGGAUGUCGAUACCCUGCUUGACUCGGACAAGCACGGUGCUUUGACCUACAAUGACUUCUUGAUCCUGCCGGGCUACAUUGGUUUCCCUGCCUCUGAUGUCACCCUGGACACCCCGGUUACGAAGCGCAUCUCUCUGAAGGCGCCGCUUCUCUCCUCCCCCAUGGAUACUGUCACCGAGCACAACAUGGCCAUUCACAUGGCACUCCUGGGCGGUCUCGGUGUCAUCCACCACAACUGCUCUCCUGAGGACCAGGCCGAGAUGGUCCGCAAGGUGAAGCGUUAUGAGAACGGCUUCAUUUCCGAGCCUGUUGUGCUUUCUCCCAAGACCACCGUCAAGGAAGCUAAGGAGCUCAAGGCCAAGUGGGGAUUUGGCGGAUUCCCUGUCACUGAAACCGGUGAGCUCCGCUCCAAGCUUAUUGGUAUUGUCACCACUCGUGACAUCCAGUUCCACGAUGAUCUCAACCAGCCGGUUACGGCUGUGAUGUCGACCGACCUGGUAACGGCACCUGCCGGAACCACCCUCCCCGAGGCAAACGAGGUCCUUCGCUCCUCCAAGAAGGGCAAGCUUCCUAUUGUCGACUCUGAGGGUAGACUGGUCUCUCUCCUUUCCCGCUCCGACUUGAUGAAGAACCUCCACUACCCUCUGGCCUCCAAGCUGCCCGACUCUAAGCAGCUCAUCUGUGCUGCCGCCAUUGGUACCCGUGACGCGGACAAGGAGAGACUGAAGCUCUUGGUUGAGGCUGGUCUGGACAUUGUCGUCCUCGACAGCAGCCAGGGCAACAGUAUGUACCAGAUCGAGAUGAUCAAGUACGUCAAGCAGACCUAUCCUGAGAUUGAUGUUAUUGCCGGUAAUGUGGUGACGCGGGAGCAAGCCGCUGCACUGAUUGCCGCCGGUGCCGAUGGCCUGAGAAUUGGCAUGGGUAGCGGAAGUGCUUGUAUCACUCAGGAGGUCAUGGCGGUUGGAAGACCGCAGGCUCUUUCUGUGCGCCGCGUUGCGUCCUUUGCCGCCCGCUUCGGUGUGCCUUGCAUCGCCGACGGUGGUAUCCAGAACGUUGGUCACAUCGUCAAGGGUCUUGCCAUGGGUGCUAGCACCGUCAUGAUGGGCGGUCUCCUUGCCGGUACUACUGAGUCUCCCGGAGAGUACUUUGUCAGCAACGAGGGACAGCUGGUCAAGGCUUACCGUGGUAUGGGCAGUAUCGCUGCUAUGGAGGACUCCAAGGCCGGCAAGGGCGGCAAGGACAGCAAGGCUGCCAAUGCCGGAACUGCCAGAUACUUCUCCGAGAAGGACCGCGUUCUGGUUGCGCAGGGUGUCUCUGGAUCCGUCCUUGACCGUGGCUCUGUCACCAAGUUCGUGCCCUACCUGAUUGCUGGUAUCCAGCACUCUCUGCAGGACAUUGGUGUCAAGAGUCUUAAGGCGCUCCACGACGGCGUCAACAACGGAAGCGUCCGCUUCGAAGUCCGUAGUGGCAGCGCUCAGGCCGAGGGUAAUGUUCACGGCCUGCACAGCUUUGACAAGAAGCUGUACUCUUAGAUUCGAAACAUGAGAUGACACCGUAUGGAAUUUUUACCGUACUCUGAUACCAUUGAUUCUCAUUCGACGACGUGUAGCUACGUCGCAAAAAGAAAAAAACGGGGUUCAGGUUCUGGAGUUUUAUUGAGGAGAGAUUGUGGUUUCCAUGUUCAUGUUAUGCUUGGUUCAAGUUAAGUACUGGACGCCUCGGUCCACGGGCGGCUAAUCCUUCCCCGCAUCCCGGAGCGCAUUCCAGUCGGUAGAUAGUCCGUACCUGAGGUACCUUAACGCAAUUAAAAUGAAUCUUAUGCAGUUCCUA